AUGACAGACAGCCGCAGCAACCGCGAGAUCGGCAAGCUAGCUGUGUGGACAGUCACGAGCGCAAAGCCAGGGAAUGGUGUGGAGCUGUUGAGGGAUGGGCGCGAAGACACAUACUGGCAGUCUGAUGGGUCUCAGCCGCACCUGGUCAACAUCCAGUUUCAGAAGAAGGUUCGCCUGCAAGAGCUGGCCAUCAACCUGGAUUACAAGCUGGAUGAGAGCUACACGCCCAACAAGAUCUCGGUCAGAGCGGGCACCAGUGUGCACGACCUGAAGGAGAUCAGGGUGGUGGAGCUGAACGAACCGAUUGGCUGGGUGAAAGUACCUCUGCAGCCGCCCUACUCAUCGGACAAUCUGAAGGCGUACUGCAUGCAGCUUGCCAUUCUGUCCAACCACCAGAACGGCCGAGACACGCACGUGCGCCAGAUAAAGGUAUUUGGCCCGCGACAUGAUGUCCUGCAGCCGCUUGGGCAAGAGAUCGGUUUCACCACUGUGGAGCUGUCGCAGUUUGCCACCAUCCGAUGA